AUGGAUUUGAAGACAUCCGCAGCUACUGAAAUGGGCGCAGACGCACCGUGUGGUUACCAAUUAACUGAUGGAUUGUCUGAAGGUCCUACAGGUGUGAGUCGCCAAAGUGUGCUCGACACGCCUCUACCGCAUGUCGGUAGAGGCUGUUCGUCGGGGCUCCAGUUUCGUUGGGCAAAGGCACGUCCACCUUUCAAGGCCCCCUUCGCCCUGUCUUGGGCGAUUCUGGCCUACAUUUUGGGGAUAGUGGCGAUUAUAUACUUUUGUAGGUUUCCAAGGGGCGCACAAGGAAGUCUAAGAGCCCGGCGACUUGCAAGCUCCAAUACGGAGGGUCUACGGAGUCUCUGCCUGGAGCUGCAGGAAGGGGAACUGUGGACCCUUCCCAGUACCUUUGACGCUACGUCGACAAGUUCGGGCAGCAUCUUGCUGUCUCCAGAGGGCGGCUCCAUGCAAGCACCAGAAGCGGAAACAUACUUAGAUGAAAAUACUCAGAAUGGCGCAGCGGACGCCAGUCUAAAGAGGCCCUUUGAAAAUGUUGAAGACCAGCUUUGUGCGCCUGGCGCGAAAGUGCUGAAAGCCUCAGAUCCACUGCAUGUCCAUCAAUCUCUAGGCCUGCAAGAAACCCAACAGUCGGACAUACAUGACCAUUUGCUGUUGGGUUCCUGUGCUGAAGACUUUGCACCAACAACGUGCCAGCACAGGUAUACUGUGCACUCCAGUGGUCUACCUUGCGCAGAUAAAGCCUUACUGUCGGGUCAACAAGACCUCAUGCCGUUAUCCACGCCUGAGCUCCAGCCAUCUUCGCAAGACGCCUCUAAAAUGUGGCCAGCUCACCUCACCGGACCUGAGCGCUACGCUGAUGUGUAUGUCGCGUAUGAAGUAGAAGCCUCGCACAGCACACACCCACCCGGGCUAGAACAGCAUGUUGAGGGAGCUCCUUCAGUGUAUUCACACCCAGUUGAAAAGUUUCGACAGCAAUUUGACGAGGAUGUCUUAGAUCAAGUGGCAUUGCCGAGCACAAUGCAGGCCACAUUUCAACCCAAAAUUUCACCACAAGAGGCUUUGCGCGGAGCCUUUUCAAUAUCUUCAGACCAAGUCAACACACCUCAGCAACUACCUAUGCAGGAAUCUACCGCUUUGCACGGAGCCUUUUCAAUAUCUUCAAACCAAGUCAACACGCCUCUGCAGUACACCGACACUCAUGGCGCACAUGGAAGGGGUCCUUCAGAAGAAACACUGUUUAUUUCGUCGGAGGCUGAGCAGCAAUUCCCUAUGCAGGGAUCUACUGCUUUGCACGGAGCCUUUUCAAUAUUUUCAAACCAAGUCAACACGCCUCAGCAGUACACCGAUACUCAUGGCGCACAUGGAAAGGGUCCUUCAGAAGAAACACUGUUUAUUUCGUUGGAGCCUAAGCAGCAAUUACCUAUGCAGGGAUCUACUGCUUUGCACGGAGCAUUUUCAGUAUAUUCAGGCCAAGUCAACACGCCUCAGCAGUACACCGGCGCACAUGGAAAGGGUCCUUCCGAGGAAACAUUGUUCGUUUCGUCGGAAGCUGAGCAGCAACUACCUAUGCAGGGAUCUACCAUGGCUUCAUAUGAAGUAAGCAAAUCCCAGCAAAGACAUGACGAGCAUGCUACAAGUGAGGACGUAUAUUCGAGUCGGGCAUCAGCCACUCAGAUAGCAUAUGAGCUGCAACUGUAUUUGGAGGAAUCCUAUACGCCGUCUCCAGGUAGUGCCAAUGAACCUCCGCAGUAUACUGUUGUCCAUGAUAUACGUGAAGUAAGUUCAGGUUACCCGGGGCUCACGCCGCCGUUGCAGAGUGAGCAACAGCUGCAUGCUCGGGGAAGCUUUACGGUGCGUUUAGAGCAGGGCGCUGGUUUUUCAAACGAAGCUGAAUUACAUGCCCCGCAGGGAUUCAGCGGAACUCAGGAGCAAAAAGUUUCCACGCAGGGCAGCGAAGAAAAAGUUUCGCAUCACCCACAUCUCGCAGCGCUGCUUUUUGGUGGAGACGAAUCAUCUAGUAUGGGCGAAGCGUCUCACUCUUCCAGUUCCACCGACCUUGAGGGUAACGACGAAAAGGAAGAAGACCCGCCUGCUUCACAUAUGCACUGCGCCACGCUAAGAAAAAUGUUAUUAGCAAAACCGACUGGUGCAAACACAAUAGAGAGAGAACUGGCUGCGCACCCGUAUGUUCGUCUACCUCUCUUGGAUUCUGGCGUGAAACUCCCGCCUUCCUCUGAACCCUCUCCACGUUGUACGACGUGCCCGCGGUUUUUAGCCCGUGAGCUUCUCAUCCUCCGCAACAUUUUUCGAAGCCCUUUCAUAGGCUUGCAGCAAGCAAGACAAAUAACGAGGAUUGCAUCAAGAUUGGAGUUCCACGCACGUACCUUCAUGGUCAACGAACCGCCGAGCAGACCUUCCGCAGCCGUGGAAGUGCUAGGGCGCCGGUUCCUUAUGUUGAACGCAAUAUAUUCGAUAAAAAAGGUUCUCGGUAAUCAGGUGCAGUGGGAUAAUUGGUUUUCGCACCUCGUCAGAGACGUGCCAACCGACUACACCCAGGUGCCUACACCGACAACGGCUGACUUUUCUCUUGCGCUUUACUCCUUUGCAGUGGAGUUGAGUGCUGCAAUGAAACUGUAUAGAAUGGGCAGUGCGCCUUCUGAUGUAACAGUGCUCCGCAUUAAGCAGAAGCUUUUUUGUUCGCCAAAAAUUCCAAGGUGCUUUCGAAAGGAAGAAUGGGCUGCCUUCCGCUGUGACCAUUACACCCCAGGAAGUCCAUGCGAGAGUUGA